AAUGGCUUCAAAUGUCAUUGCAUGUCUGAGUCCCACCAGAGGCAAUUGCUGCUGGCUUCUGAAAAUCCUCAGCAAUUCAUGGAUUACUUUUCUGAGGAGUUCCGAAAUGAUUUCCUAGAGCUGCUCAGGAGGCGAUUUGGAACAAAGAGAGUCCACAAUAAUAUUGUGUACAAUGAAUAUAUCAGUCAUCGAGAACACAUCCACAUGAAUGCCACACAGUGGGAGACACUGACCGAUUUUACUAAAUGGCUGGGGAGAGAAGGUCUUUGCAAGGUUGAUGAGACUCCAAAAGGCUGGUAUAUUCAAUAUAUUGAUAGGGACCCAGAGACUAUUCGCAGGCAACAAGAACAAGAGAGGAAGAAGAAACAGGACCUUGAUGAUGAAGAAAAAACUGCUAAAUUCAUUGAACAACAAGUUAGAAGAGGUUUGGAGGGGAAAGAACUGGAAAAGCCAGUCUAUACUGAACUGAACAGAGAAAACGAAGAAGAAAAAGUUACAUUUAAUUUAAACAAAGGAGCAAGUACUUCAAUAGCAGCAUCUUCUAAAACAAGCAGUGUCCUUGGACCGAAUGCACUGAAGAUGGUGGAAGGGGCAGUUAAAAGAAAAGAAUCAGCUCAUAGCUCUGGUCAGUCCAAAGAGAAAAAGAAGAAAUCUGCACUGGAUGAGAUUAUGGAGCUUGAAGAGGAGAAGAAAAGAACAUCUCGAAGAGACUACUGGUUGCAGCCUGAAAUCGUUGUAAAAAUCGUAACAAAAAAACUUGGAGAGAAGUAUCACAAGAAGAAGGCAGUUGUUAAGGAAGUGAUUGACAAAUACACAGCAGUUGUGAAGAUGAUUGAUUCUGGAGACAAACUGAAGCUUGAUCAGACGCAUCUGGAAACUGUAAUACCUGCACCAGGCAAGAAAGUGAUGGUAUUAAAUGGCGGUUACAGGGGAAACAAAGGCAUCUUGGAAUCUAUCAAUGAAAAGAGGUUUUCAGCGACAAUAAUCAUCGACUCUGGACCUCUAAAAGGACGCCGAGUUGAAGAUAUCCAGUACGAAGACAUUUCCAAACUCGCUUGAGGUGCCAGUCAUGGAUCAGAGAAGAUUUUGGUUCCCAAAAACAUCUUUCUGGCAUCUUGCAGGCAGACACAAGACUCUACCAUGUCAGGGUUUUAAUUGUGUGUGUGUGUGUAUUUAUAAUGUAUAUAGAAAUUAACCACAAGCAAACUGGAUUUAUUUAAAGAUCACUGUGGAUUUGUUACAUAAAAUGUUUGUGGAAAUCUUAUCAGUGGAAAUAUUUCAUCUGAUUCUAUAUCAAAGUUAUAAUAUUUGGUUCAGUUUCCUUUUGUAAAAUAUAACAGAUAGCUGCAAGCUGGAGUAUUUUAUUUACUGAAGAAUGUUAGCAGUUCCGAAAGAGAGAAUUACCUACAAAUAGCUGCUUGAGGCAGGCAGUGUGUGUCAGAGGCAGUGGAGUUUAAACAACACACUUCUCAGUCUGCAGCCAAAAUUGAGUUCUGGCUGCAGGAACAAGGGAAGGG